CUAAACACACGCAGAAAAAAUGAUCAAGAUGGUGGAAUAUGGUGGCAAUUGCUAGUUGGGGCCAUAUCUUUCGGUUGUAGUUUUCUUUUGACUAUCCAUUUGCUGUUUUCUCACAAUUUCUUCUCCCUGUAAAAAAUGUUACAAAGAGAAAAAGGGGGAAGAAAGACAGAAAAUUUGUUUCCGUGAGAGAGUGAUCUGGUCUACUGAGUCCUCCCAACUGUGACACUGUCAAUAGCUAGCUGCAAGUUUGGCACCACCACCGCCUUCUCUUCUACGCCUCUUCCAGUAUUCCUACUCUCUCUCGUUAAAGUCCGAGCUCCGCUACUAGAGGGAUCUCCGUCCUCUAGCUGGUUUGUUUGACUUGGGCGGGGCGUUGAUGGGUUGGAGCUCAAGCGGCGAUCGUAAUUGGUGCUGGGUGAAUUUUGAUGUGAUGAGGGAGGACUUCAUUUUCAGCUUGGAUGUGGGAUAUGUCGAUCGUUUGGUUUCAGCUUCAUAGAUAGGGUGGUUAGAACUUAGAAGUUCAUUGUUAGGCUUGCUGUAGGCUGUAGCAUUUUCAUUAGUGUGCGAGGGUUUCUCAUUUCUGGGAAAAGAGAUUGAAUUGAUAGGCAGUUAUUCUUUUUGGUUAUAUGAGAAACGGUCGACGAUAGUUUGUGGUGAUUGGAGGAGGGAUCAUGGGGGGCCUUUGCUCGAGGAGUUCUACUGUAGAUAAUGCUAUCGGAGGAGGCCUUUCUCAUGUGAACGGUCAGUUGAAUGAGCGUGGUUUGAUUUAUCAGUCUUGUGAGGUGAAAGUAAGCAGUAGCAUGACACCUCCAGCAAUCGAGAAUGUAGCCGAUAAGCAACAGGGAGAACAACUGGGUUCAUCGACGGAGUUAAGUGUGGUUCCUAUUGGGAUGAGUCCAGAAGACAUGUAUGAUGGUAUUCCACGCUUGUCAAGGGUGCUGUCAAACAAAUCUAGAUCGACCAAGUCCAAGCAGGCAGCCGUUGCAAAGGUUUCGGAAGUGAGUUCCCUUCUAGGUAGAGCGGGUACGGCUGGCCUUGGUAAAGCAGUGGAAGUACUGGACACACUUGGUAGUAGCAUGACGAAUUUGAAUCCUAGCAGUGGGUUUACCUCAGGAGUAACAACAAAAGGCAAUAAAAUUGCAAUUUUGGCAUUUGAAGUUGCCAAUACAAUUGUUAAGGGUGCCAACCUUAUGCAAUCCCUUUCAAAGGAGAACAUCAUACAUUUGAAAGAAGUGGUGCUUCCUUCAGAAGGGGUCCAAAAUUUAAUAUCAAGAGAUAUGGAAGAAUUAUUGAGAAUUGCAGCAUUAGAUAAGAGAGAAGAACUGACUGUUUUUUCUGGAGAAGUGGUACGUUUUGGAAAUCGUUGCAAAGAUCCACAGUGGCACAAUUUGGACCGUUAUUUUGAAAAGUUAGGCUCAGAACUUACACCUGAGAGGCAGCUUAGGGAAGAGGCAGAGACAAUGAUGAAACACUUAAUGACUAUGGUUCAGUACACAGCAGAAUUGUAUCAUGAAAUGCAUGCUUUGGAUAGAUUUGAACAAGAUUACCGACGUAAACUUCAGGAAGACGAGAACUCAAAUACUACACAGAGAGAUUCAGGAGAUAGCCUUGCAAUUUUGAGGACGGAGUUGAAGAGUCAACGGAAGCAUGUGAAAAGUUUGAAGAAGAAAUCCCUAUGGUCAAAGAUUUUAGAAGAGGUCAUGGAAAAGCUUGUAGACAUCGUUCAUUUCUUGCAUCUGGAGAUUCAUGAAGCCUUUGGUAGUACAAAGGGCGAUAGACCAGUGAAAAAUUUGACGAACAGUCACAAGAAGCUGGGUGCAGCUGGCCUUGCUUUGCAUUAUGCAAAUAUUAUAACUCAAAUUGAUACUCUUGUCUCCCGGUCCAGUUCUGUGCCUCCAAGUACAAGAGAUGCGCUGUACCAAGGGCUACCACCUAGUAUUAAGUCUGCCAUGCGCUCCAAAUUGCUUUCGUUCCAGUUUAAUGAGGAGCUCAGCGUCCCUCAAAUCAAAGACGAAAUGGAGAAAACCUUGCGGUGGCUUGUCCCAAUUGCUGCUAACACAACCAAAGCUCAUCACGGAUUUGGUUGGGUUGGAGAAUGGGCAAAUACAGGGUCUGAAGUGAACCGAAAGCCACCUGGGCAGAACGACUUGCUGAGGAUCGAGACUCUGCACCAUGCCGACAAAGACAAGACCGAAACAUACAUCCUCCAACUGGUGGUGUGGCUUCACCACCUUGUUAGCCAAGCAAGAGCUGCCAAUGGCGGAAUCAGAUCACCGAUCAAAUCACCCAUGCGAUCUCCGAACCAAAAGACGAUACAGCUGACAGCACAAACUCCCAGCCCUCAGUCUCCCAUACUGACAAUUGAAGAUCAAGAGAUGCUGAGAGAUGUAAGCAAAAGGAAGAAACCGCCUGGGAUAAGCAAGAGCCAGGAGUUUGACACCGCGAAAACCAGGCUAAUGAUGAGCAAGCACCACAGGUUGAGUAAGAGCAGCAGUCACUCCCCUACUCGUGAAACCAAGAGAGACCCUUUCACUCUCAGGAGACCAUCGCUGAUCCCUGUCAUUGACUUUGACAUUGAUCGGAUCAAAGCCUUGGACGUGAUAGACCGUGUCGACACAAUUCGCAACUUGUAGAGAUGGGUAAUCUAUGGUGGUGGUGCUUUGUAAUGUAUGGUUGGUUCUGUCUGGUUGUGAUGGUAGAUUUGUUGUUGUUGUGUUAAUGGCCAAAGAUGAUGUGUUUAGGACUGGAUCGCAGAAUUAAUCGAGUUAAUAUGAUCGAUUUAGGGUUUUUAUUAUUAUAGCUUCCUUUUUUGUUCCCCUGUUGUACAGUUGAACGUUUGUGAAGGGUCUGUGAACAUAGCAGGUUUAGGUUUUUCCUUUUCCUUUCAGGUCAUGC